CAGUUGUCCUCACAUAUUAGGUUCCCCCGCCGUAAGAGGCAGAAUUAGCCUCUGGAAUCUUGUGCACUUGUUCCUUCGCUCCCAGGAAAGAGGUGAAAAAAACACAGAGAAACACAGAGAGGGAUUAAAAGGAAUCCGAAAAGAGAAAGAGACUGAGAGGAAGAUGAAGAAACUGAACAUCAAGCUGCCUGCUGUUUGAUGCAGCCACACUGUGGGCAUGUGUCUGCCUGUGCCAAGCAUUUCCCUCUCCACUCACCAGCUGACUGGAGUGGGGUCUGCGCUCAUGUCGCUCAGUGCUACUUUAUCGCUCAGUGCUACUUUAUUUAUCUCUUCACAGUAACGUGAGCUUGAACUUUUAUUUAUUCCACUCAGAGAGGACCUCUGUCUGUAUUACUUUAUGCUGGCUGACACACUGACCUUUGGACUCUCUACUGGACAAAGGAUUUGUAUCACUUCAAUCCUAGUGAAGAACAUAGGCGACCAAUGUGGGGCUCAGGAAGUGUAAACCGACCGGGCCCGGUCCCUGCCUUCCUCAGGAGCCCGUCUGUCAUCCCAACCCCGCUGGACAUGAAGCACUUCCUCCAGUUCCCCCUGGAGUCGCCGCACCCGGCCAGCAUCGGCCUCUUCCACAACUUUAACACAAUGGACCCCAUCCAGAAGGCUGUGAUGACGCACACCUUCGGUCCACCUAUGGUGAAGACAAAGCGGCAAAUCAUCUCCUGCAACGUCUGUCAAAUACGCUUCAACUCAGAGAGCCAGGCAGAAGCCCACUACAAGGGGAACCGCCAUGCUCGGAGGGUGAAGGGGAUCGAGACAUCCAAGACAGCUCGUCUCCAAGAUGGCGACAAGCAGCACCCUCCCCCUACUGUUUCGCCCUCCCCACCAGGCCCCUCGCCAUCCAGCCCUGAGUCUGAUCCUAAUAAGCAGGAUGACACCCAGUCCUGUCCCAUCUCCACCAAGUUACCUUUGACCCCUACCCACCUUCCAACACCCACACUGAGCUCUGCAGAUGCAGCGUGUCCCCUCCUGCCUUCUGUCAGCACACCUUUGCCAUCCUCCCCCUCCCCGUCUGCCGCCCUGAGCACUCUCCAUGCAGAUCCAGCAGCAGCUGGUCCUCCUAACACCCCGUCCCCAGCACCCAGCCCUCCUUCAGGAGAGUCAGAGGAAGAGAAAGCCAAGAAGCUUCUCUACUGUUCCCUGUGCAAAGUUGCUGUUAAUUCUCUCUCACAACUGGAGGCACAUAACAAAGGUACCAAACAUAAAACCAUUCUGGAGGCUCGGAGUGGACUGGGACCCAUUAAAGCGUACCCACGUCUGGGUCCUAAACCCAGCCCAGAGCAGGGAGGGGAGCUGUCUUCUGACCCCAACACUCAGGAACGCACCUUCCACUGUGAGAUCUGCAACGUCAGAGUCAACUCAGAGCUGCAGCUUAAACAGCAUAUAUCUAGCCGGAGGCAUCGGGAUGGAGUUGCAGGGAAACCCAAUCCUCUGCUCAGUCGGCACAAGAAGCGCACAGACUUUAUGGAACUUCCAAAAACUCUGGGGGCUGGACUUUUACCAAAUCCUCUAGCUGUUGCCGCAGCGAUGGCAGCCGUGGCUUCCUCCAAUCAGCUGGCACUGCGUCCUCCUUGCCCGACCUCCCACCAUCAUCCCCAUCACCACCUCCUACAGGGAACACACCUCAGCCUGCUGAGACCCGCCCCGGGUCCCAUCCGCACCACGCAUGGGCCAAUCCUCUUCAGUCCCUACUGACGGUGACAGAAGGAGGAUGAUUCAGGAUGAAGCACACUGUGAAGUGGAGGCCUGCAACCAUGUGCCAUCAAGAGCCAAAUCAGCUGGUGUGGCUCCAGCUGCUGUUUCAUUAUAAUAAAAACAGUGAACAUAAAUAUGACUCUUCAUGGUGCAUACUGUGGUUGCAGACCACUGCUGUUACAUUAACAGGGAGAACUAGAGAUGACUGACAAAUCUCAUUCAUUUAAAAAAGACUCCGUUUCCAUCCACCCCAAUUUCCCUUCAUCACUAAACUAUCUGCCAAUCAUCAAGUAGACUGCAGAUAGUUUGAACAGGAACUUAGAAACAAGUUUCUAUCAAGCAUGGACUUCUUUGAGCAUCUUCCAAUCUGCAACUGACUAAUUAUCCAUCUAACAUAUGAUCCACUGUAUCUGGCUCAAAACCCUACCUCUCUUGUGUUUUUAAUGUUCAUCUCUGCAAGAAUUCGUUACAUAUCCAAAGCAUCAAUGUUAUCAAAAACAAGCCUGCUGGUUUAGAUAUAGUAGUUGCCUCAAAUGUUAGCUGGUAUCACAAUGUAGCUGUCACAGUAUAGUGGAUUAUACCACUGUAACGUUCUGUUUUUUGUGGCCUAUAAAGAGGAAACGGUAACAGCAAUUGCCAUACCGUUUGUGCAGUUACUGGUAAACAUUUCUCUGUACUGUAUGUCUUCAAAUUGCACAGCUGGGCGUAAUGGUCUAUAUUUACCUCUGGGUAAAUUUUGUGGGACAAAAUGAAACAGAAAGUCAAAGAGGAACAGCAAAGGGUAGAAAUGACUUAAUUAUUAUGUCUUAAAACUGCACUGAUGUGUAUGUCAACCCCAUUUACAGUUUGGAAAAGACUUGUGAAGAAGUAAUUGCAAAUGGUGCACUCUUCAGCUAUCAGUGUUUAUUCUGUCUGUGUAAAAUGCAGUAAGGUUGGAAAAAAUAAGAAUUGAACGGAAGGGAAAACCCAUGCUGUUUCUUUAGUGAAGGUCAAGAUGUAACCUCCUCCAGUUAAAUAGUUCCCCUGAUGAUUCCCUAGAUUCUCCCUGAAUGGCCACUGAUAAACCUGUGCAUAAAAUCUCACAAAGCACAUAAGUAAAAGUCCAUGGUGAAACGUCCCCAUGUAAAUGGCUUAUUUAAAAUAAUGAUCUAUAAUUUUUUUCAUCUGCACGUCACAGAAAGGUUUCAGUGUCUUAAUGAAAUAGUUUCAACACUGUGAGCACAGCAGGACAAUGGUUGAUUCAUGGCUUUAGUAGGAGGUCUUUGCAUUACAUGCACAUUUGAUUAUACAGACAACAUUUUCACACAAUCCCAUGCAAGGAGUGCCGAACACAGUGGGUUGAAAGACACCAGCAAUAUGUUACAGAAGGAAAAGGACCACGUACACAGAUGAGAAGUUGUAUGCAAAACAAAAAGCAUUUUUGGUAGUAUUAUAGGCUUGCAGUGGGAUAAAAAAUGUUUAGUUUGUCUGAUCUGCCUCGUGUGCUCCGACCCUUCAUGACCCCGAACUAUCCCUGUGUCAUGAUGGCUUGUGAAACAACAUUAAAGGAAAGCGUUAGGAAAUGGAAACUGUAGCAAUAUUUUAAGCACUCCUGCUAACUUUUCUUGUUAACUGCAAUAAAAAGAAAAUGUCUACAAA